AUGUUACUGCAACAAUUCUCAGAUUUUUUAAGCCUUAUAACAAUAGGCAUGUGUUUCAUACUAAAGAUUCCACAAAUUUUAAAUUUACUAACUUCUAAAUCAGCAGAUCAAAUUUCAAUUGUAGGUCUUUUAUUAGAAUUAACCAGCUAUACAGUGAUGGCUAGUUAUAAUUUUACAAAUGGUUAUUCAAUACUAUCUUAUUUGGAGUAUCCUGUUAUCCUAUUACAGGAAUAUAUUUUGAUCUUUCUAGUUUUAAAGUAUUUAAAUAAAAUAAAUACAUUUUCAGUUCUAGUCUCAAUGUUGUACAUUAGUAUAAGUAUUUCUUUUGCAAUGCAACUUAUUCCAAAAGUCGUUCUUACGAUUUUGGCGCCAUUAUGCACACCUAUAUCUGUCUCAAGUAAGGUUAUUCAAUUACUGGCAAUUCUACGAGCGAAAAAUGCGGAUACCGUAUCACCGACUACUUGGUUUAUCUCUGCAUUUACUAACUUAACGAGAGUAUUUACUAUAUGGAUGGAUUCAGCGGACAGUUUACUACUAGGAAAUUUUAUUAUCUCUGUGAUUUUAAGCUCGAGUAUUAUGUUUUCCGCUAUUUACUAUAGAUAUAACAAAGUAAAACAAGAUUAAGAAGCCUCGAAGCAGGUCAAAGAGAU